UCUCUCUCUUCAACCAAAAUAUUCAUAUAAAAACCUAGAAGAGAGAGAAAGAAAGAGAAACAGAAGCGGAAGCCAUAUCCAAACCCUCAAGCUCUUCUCUUCUCCACAAUCGGAUCACCAUCGCCGCCAUGGCUCAACCUUCCGAGUCGACUCAGCUCCAACAGGCACAACUCGCGGCGAUUCUCGGCCCCGACACGGCCCCUUUCGAAACCCUAAUCUCUCACCUGAUGUCCUCCUCCAACGAGCAGCGCUCCCAGGCCGAACUCCUCUUCAACCUCUGCAAGCAGACUGAUCCAGACUCUCUCUCUCUAAAACUCGCUCAUCUUCUUCAAUUCUCCCCUCACCCCGAGGGUCGCGCCAUGUCCGCAAUCCUCCUGAGGAAGCAACUCACCCGCGACGACUCCUAUCUAUGGCCGCGAUUGAACCCUAACACCCAAUCUUCUCUCAAAUCUAUCCUUUUGGUCUGUAUUCAGCGCGAGGAGACGAAGUCCAUCGCGAAGAAGCUUUGCGACACCGUGUCGGAGCUUGCGUCGGGGAUUUUACCCGAUAAUGGAUGGCCGGAGCUCUUGCCGUUCAUGUUCCAGUGCGUUUCCUCCGAUUCGCCGAAGCUCCAGGAAUCUUCGUUCUUGAUCUUCGCCCAAUUGUCGCAGUACAUAGGAGAUUCGUUGGUUCCGCACAUCAAGGAGCUGCACUCGGUGUUCUUGCACUGUCUCAACUCGCCGACGUCCAAUCCCGACGUGAGAAUCGCGGCGCUCAAUGCGGUUAUCAACUUCAUCCAGUGCCUUUCGAGUUCCGCCGACCGGGAUAGGUUCCAGGAUUUGUUGCCAGCGAUGAUGAGGACGUUGACCGAGGCAUUAAACAAUGGGAAUGAGGCGACAGCACAGGAGGCACUGGAGUUGCUAAUUGAGUUGGCAGGGACGGAGCCGAGGUUCUUGAGGAGGCAGAUUGUGGAUGUGGUCGGCUCAAUGCUGCAGAUUGCUGAGGCGGAGUCCCUGGAGGAAGGGACAAGGCAUCUGGCAAUCGAGUUUGUGAUCACACUUGCAGAGGCAAGGGAGCGGGCGCCCGGAAUGAUGAGGAAGCUGCCACAGUUUAUAAGCCGGUUGUUCGCCAUUCUGAUGAGGAUGCUCCUGGAUGUUGAGGACGAUCCUGCAUGGCAUAGUGCAGAGACUGAGGAUGAGGACGCUGGUGAGACAAGCAACUACAGUGUGGGACAGGAAUGCUUGGAUCGGCUUUCUAUCUCUUUGGGUGGAAACACGAUUGUCCCUGUUGCAUCCGAGCUGUUUCCUGCAUAUUUGGCUGCCCCUGAGUGGCAGAAGCACCACGCCGCCUUGAUUGCCCUUGCCCAAAUUGCAGAGGGUUGCUCAAAGGUGAUGUUAAAGACUUUGGACCAUGUGGUGGCAAUGGUCUUGAACUCAUUUUGUGAUCCCCAUCCCCGUGUAAGGUGGGCAGCUAUUAAUGCUAUUGGUCAAUUAUCUACGGAUUUGGGCCCGGAUUUGCAAGUUAAUUAUCAUAAGCAGGUGCUUCCUGCCCUUGCUGGAGCUAUGGAUGAUUUCCAGAAUCCUAGAGUGCAGGCACAUGCUGCUUCAGCAGUGCUCAACUUCAGUGAGAACUGCACUCCAGAGAUUUUAACGCAAUACUUGGAUGGAAUUGUGGGCAAGUUGCUUGUACUUCUGCAGAAUGGGAAACAAAUGGUGCAAGAGGGGGCUUUGACAGCUUUGGCAUCAGUUGCUGAUUCAUCUCAGGAGCACUUCAAAAAAUACUAUGAUACGGUAAUGCCUUACCUGAAAACAAUCUUGGUAAAUGCAACUGACAAAUCCAACCGUAUGCUUCGUGCCAAAUCCAUGGAGUGCAUUAGUUUGGUUGGUAUGGCUGUUGGAAAAGACAAGUUCAGGGAUGACGCUAAGCAGGUUAUGGAAGUGCUGAUGUCUUUGCAAGGAUCUCAAUUGGAGACGGAUGAUCCCACCACGAGUUACAUGCUACAAGCAUGGGCUAGACUUUGCAAGUGUUUAGGACAGGAUUUCCUCCCGUACAUGAGCGUUGUAAUGCCGCCUUUGCUUCAGUCUGCUCAACUUAAGCCCGAUGUAACCAUUACAUCUGCAGAUUCGGAUAAUGAGAUUGAAGACUCUGAUGAUGAAAGUAUGGAAACAAUUACGCUUGGGGACAAAAGAAUAGGAAUUAAGACUAGUGUUUUGGAGGAAAAAGCUACAGCUUGUAAUAUGUUGUGUUGCUAUGCUGAUGAAUUGAAGGAAGGAUUCUUUCCAUGGAUUGAUCAGGUUGCUCCAACUCUCGUUCCACUUCUGAAAUUUUAUUUCCAUGAAGAAGUUAGGAAAGCAGCAGUAUCAGCCAUGCCAGAGCUAUUGCGUUCAGCAAAAUUAGCUAUCGAAAAGGGGCUAGCUCAAGGUCGCAAUGAGACCUACGUAAAGCAGUUGUCUGACUAUAUUGUCCCGGCUUUGGUUGAAGCAUUGCAUAAGGAACCUGAUACAGAGAUCUGCGCGAGCAUGUUGGAUGCAUUAAAUGAGUGCAUACAGAUCUCUGGACCGUUAUUAGAUGAAAACCAAGUUAGAUCGAUUGUGGACGAGAUAAAACAGGUGAUCACUGCUAGCUCCAGUAGAAAAAGAGAGAGGGCUGACAGGGCCAAGGCUGAAGAUUUUGAUGCUGAGGAAGUGGAGAUGAUUAAAGAGGAAAAUGAACAGGAGGAAGAAGUUUUUGAUCAAGUUGGUGAAAUCUUGGGAACUUUGAUCAAGACAUUUAAAGCCUCAUUCCUCCCUUUCUUUGAUGAACUGUCAUCUUAUCUAACUCCUAUGUGGGGAAAAGACAAGACACCUGAAGAAAGAAGGAUAGCAAUAUGCAUAUUUGAUGAUGUUGCAGAGCAGUGUCGUGAAGCAGCUCUAAAAUAUUACGACACAUUUCUCCCUUUUGUAUUGGAGGCGUGCAAUGACGAAAACCCCGAUGUCAGACAGGCUGCUGUAUAUGGGCUUGGUGUUUGUGCGGAGUUUGGUGGAUCUGUAUUCAGACCUUUAGUUGGAGAGGCUCUUUCAAGGCUGAAUGUUGUAAUUCAGCACCCUAAUGCUCUUAAAGAUGAAAAUUUGAUGGCGUAUGAUAAUGCUGUUUCUGCGUUGGGAAAAAUAUGUGUGUUUCAUCGUGAUGGUAUUGAUGCAGCUCAGGUGGUUCCUGCGUGGUUGAAUUGCUUGCCUAUAAAAGGUGACUUAAUUGAGGCGAAAGUUGUUCAUGACCAGUUGUGUUCAAUGGUAGAAAGGUCAGACCGGGAACUUUUGGGUCCCAACAAUCAAUAUCUUCCCAAGAUAGUUGCAGUUUUUGCAGAGGUUUUGUGUGCGCGUAAAGAUUUAGCAACAGAACAAACUGCAAGCAGAAUGAUUAAUCUACUAAGGCAGCUUCAGCAAACUUUACCACCGGCGACCUUGGCGUCGACUUGGUCCUCCUUACAACCUCAGCAACAGCUUGCACUGCAAUCUAUUCUCUCCUCAUAGUAUCUCAACUCUCGGUUGCUGCAGGUUUCGAUUAUACCUUUGGCUCUUGUAUUGUGUGUCAAUUAUAUUAUCACCCAUUCUUUGCAUAAGAUGGUUCCCCAUCAUUCGUUUCUGCAUAAUGUUUUACUGCAAGACGGCAUCAUUGCUUGGAAGUCAUCAAUGCGAUUGGAAUGAUCCUUUUUUUGUAGGAUGUGUAUACUACAAGUGUUUGUCCCUUUUUUUUCUUUUCUUUUCUUUUUCUUUUUAAUAUAUAUAGUGCGGUUUGAGUACAGAGGAAAAGAAGGUUAGUUUAUGGUGGUUUGCCGAGUGGUUUUAUUUUUUUGGUGGGUGCUUGAGGUUUGAGGGUUGUCAGUGAGGCAAUGCUUGUAGCAGUUUUGUUUCCCAAUUGUGUUUUUCCUAUAUACAUACAUUUUGAGAAAUUUGUUGACGAUAUUAUUUUGGACAAAUUAAAUUUUCCCCUUGAA